AUGAAUGAGUCUAAAAUCUACUCUUCACUGCACGGAGCAGCGCCCAAAGAAUCUAGGACUCUCGAAGGGUUGAACUCGGGAUGGAGAGGUCCUGGCUUAUCCCAGUACGCUUCAAUACCUCCCAUUGGACUUAGACUGAAUCGAAAGCAAAUUCGCUAUCUUCCCAUGAGUGGAAAGCCUUUCCAAUCUAAGAAUGUCAACUUAAACAAAUCUCUUGGUAAUCUCGCCUCAAUCUACUGCGACCCUUCGAAUCUAGCCGGAAGUACACUAAGCCUACCGACAACCAGCUUUAUUGAUCCCAUGCAUAAAAAUACACCAUCUCAACGCCUGACUAAAAUGUGUCAGGGUUUUGUGAAUUAUGAUUUGACACUCGCCUGCCUAACAUCUAUCGAUAUUACAAAGCCACUGGAUGAGGCCGCCUUCAUUACAGUCGGGAGAAUUUUGCUGAAUGCUGGUGCUAAUAUGGUUGCAACUUGCCUGGCCAUUGAAACGGCAUCCAUUCUUACACUCAAUUGGUUGCCCACUUCUGAAGAUGGCAUUUUACUCCCUUCUGAUGGUUAUUCACUUUUACUCUGGCCUGCUGCUAAUGGGUACCGCAAAGAUCUCUUUAACAGGGACCGUUUCCUUUCACUGUUUCUUACUGCUUCAAUUGUCAUUCCAAAGGACGUCGAUAUAAAGGCUGCAAUGCUUUCUUUAUGGACGGAUGUUAUUGAGAAAUUAGUAAUACAUCACAAGGACUACUUUACAGCAAAUGCUCUCGCAAACGGAAUGUGCGCUGAUCAGGUGCGUUCCUUUCCAUCCUCAAGAUUUGUUUUUUCAACCUCCUGCAAUUUCUUCUUAGUCGUUUUUUGGUGA